CCUAACUGAUGGCUAGUUUGUUCUAAUUGUCGUCAUUUAUCGUGAAAGAACAUUAUUCGGUGGUCAUUUCGCAAGCAUUCCGAGCAACUUUUCAAAACAGUUCUAUAUACAAUUUCUAACAUGUCAAAUAACGAAGAUCUGAUAAAAAAGUUUUCUGAUGUGACCGGGGUUUCCGAAGAUCGGGCCAAGUUUUAUCUUGAAGCGGCAAACGGGGAACUACAGGUUGCUUUGUCCAGUUUCUACGAAGGAGAUAACGAUAAUAAUCCAACCGAUGAUGCCCUCGCUCCAUUGGAUGAUGAUUCGGAUGAUGACAAUGUACCUAACGAUUCGAUUCAAUUUUCUCGUUCGGAGGCAAAAUCGAAACCUAAAAAAACUGGUCAAUCAUCCAAUAUCACAACACUGUUUAACAUGAAUGAAUCUUCUUCGGAUGAUGAUGGUGAACAAGGUCAAGCAUUCUAUGCCGGAGGAUCGGAACGUUCUGGGCAGCAAGUACUGGGCCCACCCAAAAAGAACCCCAUCAAGGAUUAUGUAUCGGAAAUAUUCCGUUCCGCGCAACAAGGUAACAUGGAAACGUUUGAUGCGGAUGCAAGUCCCAGUUCUAGCUCAUCGUUGUACGUUGGUACCGGAUAUAGACUUGGUCAGACUGACGACGACCAUCAGGUCGUACAGGAUGCGAAUCGUGCAUCGGCAAGUGGAUCCGGUCGUAAUCAUGAAGUAGUGACGUUGACUCUCUGGAGACAAGGAUUUUCCAUAAACGACGGGGAACUGCGCCGGUAUGAGGAUCCUGGGAACAAAGAAUUUUUCGAAUCGAUCAUGCGUGGAGAAAUUCCGAAUGAGUUACGUUCCAGAGGUCCUGCUAUGAUUCAUCUUGAUUUGAAAGACAAUCGACACAUGGAGUACGAAAAACAAUCCACCCCUUUCAAACCGUUUGGUGGAAGUGGUCAAACACUGGGAAGUCCAGCACCAAAUGUUGUACAAAGUGCAUCGGUGCCUGCUGGAAAUGCUGCUAGUAAUGAGGAGAACGAAAAACAAGCGGCUUCAGAAUUGGCCACCGAUGAAAGUCAACCGUUAACUACAUUGCAGAUUCGUUUAUCGGACGGAUCUCGUCUCUCUGCUCGUUUUAAUCACAGCCACACGAUUGAUAACAUUAGACGUUAUAUCAUAAGCGCCCGACCACAAUACGCAUUGCAGAAUUUCGCCUUGCUCACUACGUUUCCCAGCAAGGAGCUUUCGGAUAGUGCACAGACUCUGAAGGAUGCUGGUCUGCUGAAUGCGGCAAUAAUGCAACGAUUGAAGUAGUAGUCGUCGAAAUCAUUAAAACUUGCCGUGAUUUUAUAAUUAGUGAUUGAUUUGCUACUGUUGUAAUAUUUAUAGAAAGGAUAAAACACGACUGUUCGAAGAAUUUCGGUGAUUUGAUCACUCACGCAGUGAGUAAUGUUCAUUUGAGUUUCUCGGUGAAGAUAAUGUUCAGUUUUAUAGCAUUAGCGAUCGAAAUAAAAUGUUUUGAUUUGAAA